AUGUACAAGGUGAUUCGCCAAAACCCAAGCUCUAAGCACGCCGUGGCGCGUCCACAAUGGGACCCCGUUGUCUCUCUGAGCAAGAUCGACCACGUGGAGAUCCACCACACUCGCGUUCGAGACGGUGUCGUGUUCUACAAGGUCGAAGUGUAUCUCAAACCACCAACGGAUUUGCCAUUAACGCACAAAGAACCGGACUACGUUGUGAUGCGUCGAUUCAGCGACUUUGACUUGCUCCGUCGACAUGCAGCGCAGCACGCUCGCUGUGAAGUCGUCGGUGCGUGUCGCUACUGCGACCGCUUUCGAUGGUUCAUGCUGCACUGCUACAAGCAGCCAAAGACGAUCGUCAAGCUCUGCACAAGUGUGGAAACGAGGAGGAAGAUACUAGAGAGAUUUUUAAAUCGGAUGAUCGACUUGGCCGUCGCAGACGAGAGAGCAGCGCUGGGAGCUCCGCGCAUAUGUCAAUGCCCUGGAGCUCGCGCUAUUCCAAUCCUUGUCGACCAAUUCAUGCGCAAACGAAACGUAGUGUGA